AUGAAGAACAUGUCUUCCAACUCUAUACCAGGAACUAACUCAGCGCUAGGCCUCUCUAGCAUCACAAAAAAUAAUACAGUCAGUAGUAGCGAACUUCUUGAAACUUGCUUCUACAAGCGAACCAAAUACUACUAUCCCACUCACGACCCCAAAGCCGAAGAGUUCUCCCCGCCAGUCCAUAGUCUGUUCGCCGGGUGCUACAAGACUCAGACUCCAAAUUUGGGUAUUCUCGCACGCCUGCCUCAAGAUAUCCUCGAAGGUAUCGUCUUGCAGCUAGAUAUCGAUUCGUACCGACGGUUUAGACAAGUUAGUCGGAGGGCGCGCUACGUCUCAACUGCUAUCAACAUCUACCAGCGUGUUCUACGCCACGCCCCGGAUGCACUUAAUGCUUUGAGACGAACAGACCUUAGCAGCUUUGUCUCGUAUGCAGAUAUCUACACAGCACUGACGACAACGAAAUGUGCUUUCUGCGGACAGUUCGGCGAUUUCUUGUUCCUCCCGACUGCUAAACGCUGCUGCUUCCAGUGUCUUCGUACAUCACCAGAGACAGCCCUCGUCAACGAAGCACGUAUCAGCAGGAGGGAACAAUGGAAGGGAUUAUACGCGGAGCAAGCUGUUGCCCUCACCAAUGCCUUGAAGUCGAAGGAUAUACGUACCUUCAAGACGCACAACUGGGAUGACCCUAAAAUAAUGUCCGAGACCCGUGGCGUUCUAGCAAAGGACUUACUAGCAGUCUAUAUUAGCGUCGACAGUACCAUGGAAAUCCCUGGGCAAGCCCUCUUGAGGCCCGGCUGGUUACACUACCGGCUCGCAGCAAGCAUAAUCUUCCCAAGCCUGAUUCCUCGCACGGGAAAGCUCAAGACGGGCCUUGUCAUCAUGUCUUCCUCUAAAGAAGCAGAGCAUCUCGCCAACUCCUCCCAACCCUCAGAUCCCUCACCAGCCUACCAAGAAGAAGCAGGCCCCUCAUCUGCAAACGAACCAUCAUCCGAUAAGAUCCCAACCGCCGAAAACCCCUUCAACUUCCCCUCCGCAUCUCCUUUGCCCUCUUACUCCGAAGCUUCAUCCGCCCAAGAACCCCCCAUCGCCAUCCCCCAAGAGAACCCCACCCAAACAUCUCCCUUCCUCAAAGCUUACGCACCCGCACUUCUCGGCCAUGGCAUCACAAAAGAAGCAUGGGGUUCAUUCCUCGAUACUAUCUCUGCUUUCAUGACGGCCAAGGUUGGAGAGCGCGCUAUUAAUCAUGCUGGAGAUGUCGCAAAGAGCGUUGGUCAACAGCCUGUUAAUUACGUCAAGAAUGUUCAGAACCAUGCUAAGAGCGUGGGUAAAAACAUCGCUGCCAACACCAAGCGCGGAAACAUUCUCGGGGCAGCAGCUGGUGUCGUCGGAGGCGCGAUAUCGAUUCCUUUAGGCGCUGUCUUCGGUGCCGUAGGAACAGUCGUUAGUCUUCCGGGACGAACAAUUGCAGCAGCUACGCGAAAGCCAAAAACACCCGCUGAACGCGCGGUCGCAUAUGUCGUUGUCGCGAACCACGAUUGGCUGAACAAGCGCGGUCUGCACGCGAGCUUAAUCAACACCGAACAAUUGUCAAAAGUCGUUGGCGUUUCUGUAAAAGCGCUAUUGGAAGCUUCAGCAGAAGGCGACAAGAGUGCGGGACCUUUGGGGCCUUUGAGUGCGUUGAGUGAUCAUAUUGCUCAUUUGGAGGUCAAUGGGCCUGGGGUUGUUGAUAUUGGGGCUGAGACUUGGUGGUUGGUUCUGGUGAGGAUAGAAGCUACUGCUUGA